AUGUCAGUAGUCGGCUUCGACGUGGGCUAUUUGACCUGCUAUGUAGCAGUAGCCCGAGCCGGAGGUAUCGAAACUGUCGCCAAUGAAUACAGCGACCGGUGUACCCCAGCAUGUGUCUCUUUUGGACCACGGAAUCGUUCCAUUGGUGCAGCUGCAAAAAGCCAGGUCGUCACGAACUGCAAGAACACGGUGCAAGGCUUCAAGAGAUUUCAUGGCAGGGCAUUCUCAGAUCCUUUUGUGCAGCGUCUCAAAUCAAGUCUGGUCUAUGAUGUUGCUCAAAUGCCCACGGGGACGACUGGAAUCAAGGUCAUGUAUAUGGAGGAAGAGAAGGUAUUCAGCAUUGAACAGGUCACUGCCAUGCUUCUCACCAAGCUGAAGGAGACGGCAGAAAGUGCACUGAAAAAGCCUGUUGCCGACUGUGUUGUCUCUGUUCCCUGCUACUUCACUGACUCUGAGAGGAGAUCAGUGGUAGAUGCUGCACAAAUUGCAGGACUGAACUGCUUAAGGCUCAUGAAUGAGACAACUGCAGUGGCACUGGCUUACGGAAUCUAUAAACAGGAUCUACCUGCUCCUGAAGAGAAGGCCAGGAAUGUCGUUUUUGUGGACCUGGGCCACUCCGGAUACCAGACAUCAGUAUGUGCUUUCAACAAGGGCAAACUCAAGGUUCUUGCCACAGCAUGUGACCCCGAGUUGGGAGGCAAAGACUUUGAUGAGGUAUUAGUCAAGUAUUUCUGUGAGGAAUUCGGAAAGAAGUAUAAGCUGGAUGUCAAGUCCAAGCCUCGAGCUCUGGUUCGGCUCUACAUGGAGUGUGAGAAAUUGAAAAAGCUAAUGAGUGCCAACUCCUCUGACCUGCCGCUGAACAUCGAGUGCUUCAUGAAUGAGAUAGACGUCACAGGAAAGCUCAACAGGGGUCAGUUUGAAGAGAUGAGUGCUGACCUUUUGUCCAGAGUGGAGCCUCCCCUGCACAGUCUGUUGGAACAAUCCAAACUCAAAAAGGAUGACAUCUAUGCAGUAGAGAUUGUGGGCGGGGCUUCCAGGAUUCCGGCCGUCAAAGAGAGGAUCAGCAAAUUCUUCGGGAAGGAAUUGAACACCACACUGAAUGCUGACGAAGCAGUAGCCAGAGGAGCUGCUUUGCAGUGUGCAAUCCUGUCACCUGCCUUCAAAGUACGUGAAUUCUCCAUCACGGAUGCAGUUCCAUAUCCUAUCUCCUUGAAGUGGCAUUCUGCCGCGGAGGAAGGUGUGAGUGAUUGCGAGGUGUUUCCGGCGAACCACCCAGCGCCUUUUUCCAAAGUGUUGACGUUCUACCGCAAAGAACCUUUCUCUCUGGAGGCCUACUACAACAGUCCAAACGGACUGCCCUACCCUGACCCGACCAUUGGUAAAUUUCUUAUUCAGAAAGUUGUUCCUCAGGCAUCCGGGGAAAGUUCUAAGGUAAAAGUCAAGGUCCGAGUGAACAUCCACGGAAUCUUCAGCGUGUCCAGCGCCUCCUUAGUUGAGGUGAUCAAGUCGGACGAGACCGAAGAGCCAAUGGAGACAGAGCAGACUAAUGACAAUGAAGGAGAUAACAAGAUGCAAACGGAACCGGAAGAGCUGCAGCAAGAUGAGGGAGAUGGUCAGAAAGAACAAGAGGAGAAGACUCCAAAGGAGAAUGAGGAAAUGGAGACUACCACAGAAGACGCCAAAGGCGAAAAGAAAUCUGACCAGCCUCCACAAGCAAAAAAGCCCAAAGUCAAAACAAAAGUCUUGGAUCUUCCCAUUGAAAACAGUCCACAGUGGCAGCUAGCAGAUGACAUGCUGAAUCUUUUUGUCGAAAAUGAGGGCAAGAUGAUUAUGCAGGACAAACUGGAGAAAGAGAGGAACGACGCCAAAAAUUACGUGGAAGAGUACGUGUACGAAAUGAGAGACAAACUGCACGGCAUCCUGGAGAAGUUUGUCAGCGAAAAUGAAAGGGAUGCAUUCUUAUCAAAGUUGUCGGAUACUGAAAACUGGCUGUAUGAUGAAGGAGAGGACCAACCUAAGCAGAUUUACAUUGACAGGCUGGCAGACUUGAAGAAACUCGGGCAGCCCAUCGAGGAGCGCUACACAGAGGCUGAAGAAAGACCUAAAGCGUUUGACGAGUUGGGGAAACAAAUCCAGCAGUACAUGAAAUUUGUUGAAGCGUGUAAAAUGAAAGAGGAGCAGUACGACCACAUAGACGAGGCAGACGUCACCAAAGUUGACAAGCUGGCCACUGAAGUGAUGAUGUGGAUGAACAGCGCGAUGAACCAGCAAAGCAAGCAAAGCUUGACGAUGGAUCCCUCUGUCAAGGUUAAAGAAAUUCAAGCCAAAACCAAGGACCUGUUCUCUGCUUGUAACCCUACCGUGACCAAGCCCAAGCCAAAGGUGGAGCUGCCAAAAGAGGACACGUCAGCAGAGCAGAACGGGCCUGUGAAUGGACAGGAGAAGGCCCAGGAAGAAGGCACUGACAAAGCAACAGGGGAAAACACGGGCAACGCCACCUCAGAAACUGAAAACAAGCCAGACAUGGACCUUGACUGA